AACAUGGCGGCCGCAGCCUCAGCCACGGCUUCGGCGGCGAAGGUCAGCGCCGACGGCAGCCGGCACCUGACGGCGUGACCGACCCGAGCCGAUUUCUCUUGGAUUUGACUACACAUUUAUAGAUCUUCUGCACUGUGUACAGUCACAGUUGCUGAUAUGUGUUCAAGAUGAGUGGGAUGGGAGAAAACACCCCUGACCCAUCCAGGGCAGAGACGCGGAAGCGCAAGGAAUGUCCUGACCAGCUCGGACCCAGCCCCAAAAGGAGCACCGAGAAACGUAACCGUGAACAGGAAAAUAAAUAUAUCGAAGAACUUGCAGAGCUGAUUUUUGCUAAUUUUAACGACAUAGACAACUUUAACUUCAAACCUGACAAAUGUGCAAUCUUAAAAGAAACUGUGAAGCAAAUUCGUCAGAUCAAAGAACAAGAGAAAGCAGCAGCUGCCAACAUCGAUGAAGUGCAGAAGUCAGACGUAUCGUCUACCGGGCAGGGGGUCAUUGACAAGGAUGCACUGGGGCCGAUGAUGCUGGAGGCCCUUGAUGGGUUCUUCUUUGUAGUGAACCUGGAAGGCAACGUUGUGUUUGUUUCAGAGAAUGUGACACAGUACCUAAGGUAUAACCAGGAAGAGCUGAUGAACAAAAGUGUCUAUAGCGUUCUGCACGUUGGGGACCACACUGAAUUCGUCAAAAACCUGCUGCCAAAGUCCAUAGUGAACGGGGGAGCUUGGUCUGGCGAACCUCCCAGGCGGAACAGCCAUACUUUCAAUUGUCGGAUGCUGGUAAAACCUUUACCUGAAUCAGAAGAGGAAGGUCAUGACAACCAGGAAGCACAUCAGAAAUAUGAAACUAUGCAGUGCUUUGCUGUCUCUCAACCAAAGUCCAUCAAAGAAGAAGGAGAAGAUUUGCAGUCCUGCUUGAUUUGUGUGGCUAGAAGAGUUCCCAUGAAGGAGAGACCGGCUCUUCCCUCAUCAGAAAGUUUCACUACUCGCCAAGAUCUCCAAGGCAAGAUCACGUCCCUGGACACUAGCACCAUGCGGGCAGCCAUGAAGCCAGGCUGGGAGGACCUGGUGAGGAGGUGCAUCCAGAAGUUCCACACACAGCACGAGGGGGAGUCUGUGUCUUACGCAAAGAGGCAUCACCAUGAAGUGCUGAGACAGGGGUUGGCAUUCAGUCAGAUCUACCGCUUCUCCUUGUCUGACGGCACCCUCGUGGCCGCCCAAACGAAGAGCAAGCUCAUCCGAUCUCAGACUACUAACGAACCUCAGCUUGUGAUAUCUUUGCAUGUGCUGCACAGAGAGCAGAAUGUAUGUGUAAUGAAUCCGGAUCUGACUGGACAAGCGAUGGGGAAGCCACUGAAUCCAAUUAGCUCUAGCAGCCCUGCCCACCCGGCCAUGUGCAGUGGGAACCCUGGUCAGGAUAUGACCCUCAGUAGCAAUAUAAACUUCCCCAUGAAUGGCCCAAAAGAACAGAUGGGCAUGCCCAUGGGCAGGUUCGGUGGUUCCGGGGGAAUGAACCACGUGUCGAGCAUGCAAGCAACCACUCCUCAGGGUAGUAACUAUGCACUCAAAAUGAACAGCCCCUCUCAAAGCAGCCCGGGCCUGAAUCCAGGACAGCCCAGCUCCAUGCUCUCGCCAAGGCAUCGCAUGAGCCCCGGGGUGGCCGGAAGCCCUCGAAUCCCUCCCAGUCAGUUCUCCCCCGCAGGAAGCUUGCAUUCCCCUGUGGGAGUUUGCAGCAGCACAGGAAAUAGCCAUAGCUACACCAACAGUUCCCUCAACGCGCUGCAGGCCCUCAGCGAGGGGCACGGGGUCUCGCUAGGGUCGUCGUUGGCCUCCCCGGACCUUAAAAUGGGCAAUCUGCAAAACUCCCCAGUGAAUAUGAAUCCCCCCCAGCUCAGCAAGAUGGGGAGCUUAGACUCCAAAGACUGUUUUGGACUUUACGGGGAGCCCCCAGAAGGGCCAACCGGGCCAGCAGAGAGCAGCUGCCACCCUGGGGAGCCGAAGGAUCCCAGUGAGGCCGGCCUGCCUGCUGCUGGGAGCAAUGAGAGACCUGACGGGCAGAGCCGACUCCUCGACAGCAAGGGGCAGACCAAACUCCUGCAGCUUCUGACCACCAAAUCCGACCAGAUAGAGCCCUCGCCGCUGCCCAGCUCUCUGUCAGACACCAACAAGGACUCCACAGGCAGCUUGCCCGGCCCCGGGUCAACGCAUGGGACUUCGCUCAAGGAGAAGCAUAAGAUUUUGCACAGACUCCUGCAGGACAGCAGCUCCCCUGUGGACUUGGCAAAGCUGACAGCGGAAGCCACGGGCAAGGAGCUGAGCCAGGAGGCCAGCAGCACAGCUCCUGGGUCGGAGGCGACCAUCAAGCAGGAGCCAGUGAGCCCCAAGAAGAAAGAGAAUGCACUACUUCGCUACCUGCUCGAUAAGGACGAUACUAAAGAUAUCGGUUUACCAGAAAUCACCCCCAAACUAGAGCGACUGGACAGUAAGACGGACCCUGCCAGCAACACGAAAUUAAUAGCUAUGAAAACUGAGAAGGAGGAGAUGAGCUUCGAGCCCAGUGACCAGCCUGGCAGUGAGCUGGACAACUUGGAGGAGAUUUUGGAUGAUUUGCAGAAUAGUCAAUUACCGCAGCUUUUCCCGGACACGAGGCCAGGCGCCCCUGCUGGAUCAGUUGACAAGCAAGCCAUCAUCAAUGACCUCAUGCAACUCACGGCUGAAAGCAGUCCCGUGACACCUGUCGGAGCCCAGAAAACAGUGAUGCGAAUCCCACAGAGCACUUUUAAUAACCCACGACCAGGGCAACUGGGCAGGUUAUUGCCAAACCAGAAUUUCCCACUUGACAUCACAUUGCAAAGCCCAACGGGUGCUGGACCUUUCCCACCAAUCAGAAACAGUAGUCCCUACUCAGUGAUACCUCAGCCAGGAAUGAUGGGUAAUCAAGGGAUGAUAGGAAACCAAGGAAAUUUAGGGAACAGUAGCACAGGCAUGCUUGGCAGCAAUGCUGCCCGGCCCACCAUGCCGUCUGGGGAGUGGGCGCCCCAGAGUCCUGCCGUGAGGGUCACCUGUGCUGCUACCAGCAAUGCCAUGAGCCGGCCGAUCCAAGGAGGUAUGAUUCGGAACCCAACAGCCAGCAUCCCCAUGAGACCCAACAGCCAGCCUGGCCAGAGACAGAUGCUUCAACCUCAGGUCAUGAAUAUGGGGCCAUCUGAACUGGAGAUGAACAUGGGGGGCCCUCAGUAUAGCCAACAACAAGCACCUCCAAAUCAGACCGCCCCCUGGCCUGAAAGCAUUCUGCCAAUAGACCAGGCACCGUUUGCCAGCCAGAACAGGCAGCCAUUCGGCAGCUCUCCCGACGACUUGCUGUGUCCACAUCCCGCAGCAGAGUCUCCGAGUGAUGAAGGCGCCCUCCUGGACCAGCUGUACCUGGCCUUGAGGAACUUCGAUGGCCUGGAGGAGAUCGACAGAGCCCUGGGAAUACCCGAGCUCGUCAGCCAGAGCCAAGGUGUGGACCCGGAGCAGUUCUCCAGUCAGGAUUCCAGCCUCAUGCUAGAGCAGAAGACCCCCGUGUUCCCGCAGCAGUAUGCGUCUCAGGCGCAGGUGGCCCAGGGCAGCUACACGCCCAUGCAGGAUCCAAGCUUCCACACCAUGGGACAGCGACCCAGUUACGCCACCCUCCGCAUGCAGCCCCGGCCUGGCCUCAGGCCCACGGGCCUUGUGCAGAGCCAGCCCAACCAGCUGAGGCUUCAACUGCAGCAUCGCCUCCAAGCACAGCAGAAUCGCCAGCCACUUAUGAAUCAAAUCAGCAAUGUUUCAAAUGUGAACUUGACUCUGAGACCUGGAGUACCCACACAGGCACCUAUUAACGCCCAGAUGCUGGCCCAGAGACAGAGGGAAAUCCUAAACCAACAUCUUCGGCAAAGACAGAUGCAUCAUCAGCAGCAGCAGGUUCAGCAGCGAACCCUGAUGAUGCGAGGGCAGGGGCUGAACAUGACGCCCAGCGUGGUGGCUCCCAGUGGCGUGCCAGCAACCAUGAGCAACCCCCGGCUCCCCCAGGCAAAUGCGCAGCAGUUUCCAUUCCCUCCAAACUACGGAAUAAGUCAGCAGCCUGACCCUGGCUUCACUGGAGCCGCCGCACCCCAGAGCCCUCUGAUAUCACCCCGGCUGGCGCACACCCAGAGCCCCAUGCUGCAGCAGUCCCAGGCAAACCCAGCCUACCAGGCCUCCUCGGACAUGAACGGGUGGGCGCAGGGGAGCAUGGGCGCAAACAGCAUGUUCUCGCAACAGUCCCCUCCACACUUCGCACAGCAGGCAAACACCAGCAUGUACAACAACAAUAUGAACAUCAAUGUAUCCAUGGCAACCAACACAGGCGGGAUGAGCAACAUGAACCAGAUGACCGGACAGAUCAGCAUGACCUCAGUGACCUCCGUGCCUACGUCAGGGCUGUCCUCCAUGGGUCCCGAGCAGGUGAAUGACCCUGCUCUGAGGGGAGGUGGCCUUUUCCCUAGCCAGCUGCCUGGAAUGGACAUGAUUAAGCAGGAGGGAGAUGCAUCACGGAAAUACUGCUGACACUGAAGGUAGCUGGUUGCUUCUUUCUUCAGCUGACUGGGCUCACUUGCUCAAGACACUUACCAAUCUGGAGAGUUGCGUCUCUUCGUUUCGACCCAACCGACCUGCCAUCCAGCCCUGCCCGAGCAAGAUGGGCUGACGGGCCGAGUCCCUCGGCUCCUCCUCCUGGAGGAGCCGCCUGUCAUGUUGACAGGUGGCCUGCAGCUCGCGUCCGGACAGUUGUCAGUCUGUUCACUGCAUUCACCUUAGUGCAACUUAGAUCUCUCCUGCAGAGUAAAUGUUGACAGGCAGACUUCACACCCUUGUCAGAUUGAAUGUAUCUAAAUGUAUGUAUUUAAGGAAAACAACCCAUGCUCUUGUUCUCUUCCUGUCUGGCUCCAGACACUGGUUUCUUGCUUUGUUUUCCCUGGCUAACCAGUCCAAACGAUUAAGAUUUCAUCUGGGGGAAAGAAAAGAUUAAAAAAAAAAAUCAAACUAAAGAUGUUUUAAGCUAAGCCUGCCUCUGGGAUAAGCAGGACAGACACCAUGGACCAUGCCGUAUGUACAGACAUGCCCAAGAGGUGAAGACCAAGACAUCGUAGUUGUAUCUUUGUAGAAAGUUCUCAAGACAGUGUUGGAAAGCAUUUCCAGUUCCUGAACAGAUGAAAAAGAGCCUGUGGAAGGGCUGUUAACAGUAACAAGUCCUUCUUCCUUUUUUUUUUUUUUCCAUUUCUUUGAUUCAAACCAAACUAGUUCGCCCAAAUCAUGAAUCAAAAAGAAAUUGAUUUCCAAAUUCAAUUUGCUUUAGAUCCAUCAGAAGCUUGAAUCAGCGCCUCUUCUUCCAUCUGAUCCUUCCCUUCCCUCUCUGCCUGCCCCAUUCUCCCCACUUUUUUUUUUGUUUUAAUAAAAGUAACAGAAACCAGGUAAGCCCUUUAUUAUUUCCUUCCAUGUUUUGCCAGCCACUUACCAGCCGCUAACUCUGAAAUUCCAGAAAAAAAUGCAUUUACUGGAAGGAGAGGAACAAAGUUAGUACUCGAGACCCAUCAGACUUUGGACACCUGCCCGGGAAGUGUGUUCAUUCUGUUCCCCGCGACACUGGCCCUCCACACAGGAGAAAACCACAGUGUGCUUAAAAUUGACCGCAGGCAUCAGGACA